AUGAAACCGCUGUUUGUUGGUCCCAAGUUAAAGACGUUUUUUUGGAAGAAGUUGCAGCGGCCUGUAGGUGUAUGGAGCCACCGUAACUCCUCUGCUGUCGAAGAUGUCGUGGACGAACCCUUUCUGCUCGCCAUGUUUGAGGUUCGCAAGAAGUCAACGUCCUUGGUGCUAUCGAAUAAGGGGCCAAAUGAUCCAAAGACAGAGGGUCUACGCAAAAGUAGUGCUUUAGGUGUCCAACGGAAGCAAAAUAUCGCAAUAUGUCUCAAAAAACUUAAGAUACCAGUAGACGAAAUGUGUCGAGGGUUGAUUGAAUGUGAUGAUGUGAUGCUUCCGAGCGAAAAGUUGGAAGCCUUGCUUAGUGCCCUCCCCACACCUGAGGAGAUCGCAGCAUUAACAGCGGAGCGAGCCGCGGGGAAUGUUGCCUGGACAGAUGUUGAGGAAUACAUUCACAAGCUGUGCACCACUGUGACAGAUGUCCGCGAGCGUAUCCUCCUUUGGCUGGCCUCUGGGGAAACGGCGGAACUUGUCUCUUUCACAGAGGAGAGACUUGAUGUGAUUGAGAAAGCGGUGUCGGUGGCGACGAAGAAAACAUCAAAGCUCUCUCAAGUAUUCCACACUGUCUUGGAAUUCGGCAAUUUUAUGAAUCGUGGCAGUGCCUACGCGGAUGCAGUAGGGUUCCGCCUUGAGAGCCUUAAUCAGAUGAACUUCGUGAAGGCAGUUGACGGCAAGACGACGAUGUUGGAGGUUUUUGUCGUCUCCCUGCAGGACCGGCGGCCAGACCUCCUGCGUUUUGUAGAAGAAGUGGAGUGCCUUGACAAUCUCGCUGGUACCACAGUGCAGGAGGUGGGCCAGAGCGUCGCCCAGCUUAACUUCACGCUGCAGAAGAUGCGGCGUACCGUGGAGGAAUCGAGACGGCCGGGUGUGCAGGAGAAGCGUGCGGCGAUGUAUCCGCCAGGCGUUGUGGACGCAUUCCCGGAUCUAAUGGCGGCACAUGUCGCGGAGUACCUCUCCAUUGUGUCGCAGCUCGCCUUGCGGCACCAGCGGCUGAAGGAUGAUGUCUCGGCAAUGCUGGAGAGUUAUGGGGAGGAUCCUACCUUGGGUGAGACAGUUCUGUGGAACCACAUAAUGCACUUCCGCACAGACGUGGAGAAUUCCAUGAAGCGCGCGGAGGUGGAGGCAUUAGACAAGCGGGCGCUGUUGAAGGCUGUUGGUGUAGAUCUAGAUGCAUCUGCCUCUCUGAGGUCUUUCGCUGAAGAGAAGGUGGAGGAAGAAAAUAAGAAGGACGAGGAGGAGGAAGACGAUGGCGCAGCGAAAGGUAGCAAUGGUCAUACCAGGAGCGAUAGCCCCAAGUGA